AUGUCCGGCAAAGACCCCAUAACCUGCCACGUCCUCGACACCACAGCCGGCCGGCCAGCGCGCGGCAUCCGCGUGAAGCUCGAGGGACCGGCACCAUCUUCAUCGGCCAGCAGCAGCCACAACGCCGCGGCGGCCGCCAAGACGUUCGAGGCCGUGACCGACGACGACGGCCGGGUCAAGGUCUGGCUCCCCUACAGCUCGGCCACCUCGGUGGGGGAGGUGCCCGUCUACACGCUCGUCGACGUGCUGGCCGACAUCGAGGGCCCCUCCCGCUGGACCCUCCGCUUCGACACGGCCGGGUACUUUGGCGAGGACCAGACCUUCUUCCCCGAGGCCACCAUCGUGUUCCGCGUCGACGAGGGCCAGAGCUACCAUGUCCCUCUCCUGCUCAGCCCGUACAGCUAUACUACCUACCGCGGUAGCUGA